AUGAACACCUUCAAACGAUCUAAUGCUACUUUUGUUAGUUUGGUUAGGAAUGAAGAAUUGGUUUCGAUGAUGGCUAGUAUGAGAGGUGUAGAAGAUCGAGUGAAUAGGAAACUAGGUACCAUUGGAGUUAUCCAUCUUUACAUUGAUCAAACUAAAGCCUCUGAAAAACGAAAAGAAAUGGAAUCCAAUAAGAUCAUUAAUGGUGUUAGUGAAUCUUAUCGACAUAUGGUGUCUUUCUUCUUUCGUCAUCCAUUAAUGAUGCAAUUUGAUUAUUAUUGGAGAGUUGAACCUGGAGUCGAAUAUUAUUGUGAUGUAGAUUACGAUCCAUUCUUAUUUAUGCAAGAAAACAAAAAACAAUAUGGAUUUACAAUUACACUUUAUGAAUACAAAGCGACGAUCGAAAGUUUAUGGUCAACCACCCAAUCCUUCAUCAAACUCAAUCCUCAAUACCUGCACCCCAACAGUGCCCUGAAUUUCAUAAUAGACGAUCUAUCCCAAGGAAUUAAUGGAACCUAUAACCUAUGUCAUUUCUGGUCAAACUUUGAAAUCGGUAACAUGAACUUUUGGCGUUCAAAAGCCUAUACCUCCUACUUUAAUUAUCUAGACCAACACGGAGGAUUUUUUUAUGAAAGAUGGGGAGAUGCACCUGUUCAUUCACUUGCAGCUGCUUUAUUCUUACCUUUUGAAAGUCUUCAUCAGUUUGAUGAUAUUGCUUAUCGGCAUCCUCCUUUUAUGCAUUGUCCUAAUGAUUUAGAUAGGUUUCAUCUUAAUGGAAAGUGUUUUUGUGAUCCGAAUUUGAGUUUUGAUAGAGAUGGUUAUAGUUGUAUGAAACAAUGGUGGAGGGUUGGAGGUGAACCUAAAUGA